GCAGUGACACUGAAAGCGAUAAAACAAUCCGUCGACGAUCAUCAUAAAGACAAGAAAGGAAUAUCUCUGGAAUAUUUUUAGCGCUUUUAAGCCUUAAACCGCCUCCGACCUCGGGGUCUUCAAUCAUCAUCGGCGGCGGAGUUCCACAUGCGGUUUAGUUCGGCGAAGUGAUAUCAGGGAGUUUUGUGUUUUUUCCGGAUAAGGCUAAAUCUCAAACUGAAAGGGAUGGAUCGGCCGCCGGUGACGAUGGGACCUGGCAUGGAUAUGCCGAUCAUGCACGACAGCGACCGUUAUGACUUCGUCCGGGAUAUCGGGUCAGGAAACUUCGGGGUGGCGAGGCUCAUGACAGAUAAGGUCACCAAGGAGCUUGUUGCUGUCAAGUACAUCGAGAGAGGCGAUAAGAUUGAUGAAAAUGUUCAGAGAGAAAUCAUUAAUCAUAGGUCUUUGAGGCAUCCCAACAUUGUUAAGUUUAAAGAGGUUAUUUUAACACCUACACAUUUGGCCAUUGUAAUGGAAUAUGCAUCUGGUGGAGAGCUUUUUGAGAGAAUAUGCAAUGCUGGGCGCUUCAGUGAGGAUGAGGCUCGCUUCUUCUUUCAACAACUUAUAUCUGGAGUCAGCUAUUGCCAUGCAAUGCAAGUAUGUCACCGGGACUUGAAGUUGGAGAACACUCUGUUGGAUGGGAGCCCAGCUCCCCGGCUAAAAAUUUGUGAUUUUGGGUACUCCAAGUCUUCAGUUCUUCAUUCGCAACCAAAGUCUACUGUUGGAACUCCAGCUUACAUUGCUCCUGAAGUACUACUGAGGCAAAAAUAUGAUGGCAAGAUUGCAGAUGUGUGGUCAUGUGGUGUGACUCUCUAUGUGAUGCUGGUCGGGGCAUAUCCUUUUGAGGAUCCUGAAGAGCCAAAGGACUUCCGAAAGACAAUACAAAGAAUUCUCAGCGUUCAGUAUUCCAUUCCUGAUGAUGUUCAAAUAUCUCCCGAAUGUCGCCAUUUAAUUUCAAGGAUUUUUGUUGCAGAUCCUGCAGCUAGAAUUACAAUUCCUGAAAUUAGAAACCAUGAGUGGUUCUUGAGGAAUCUUCCAGAAGACCUAGUUAUGGAUGAAAAUAGGAUGGGUAACCAUUUUGAAGAGUCCGACCAACCUCAUCAGAGUGUCGAUACAAUCAUGCAGAUAAUUUCUGAGGCAACCAUACCAGCGGUGGGAGCUCAUAGCCUUGAUCAUUACAUGACAGACAUUCUUGAUGAUGAGGACAUGGAUGACCUGGAUUCUGAAUCUGAGCUUGAUGUUGACAGCAGUGGGGAGAUAGUCUAUGCAAUGUAGUACUAGGAAAGGAAGCUGCUACAUCAUCAUGCAGUUCUUUCUGGCAUACAGAUGUGUUGAAUACCAAGCUGAAGAGAAAUUGUGGAAGGUGCCUGGUUUAUUACCAUGGACAGAUUGUGAGGAAGUGCAGAAUACUGGUUUCAGUUAUCAUAUGAUCUUUGAAUACAUCACUCUCAUAUCAUGAAAGGUCUGUUCAGUGUGGAAGAAUUUGAUAUUUAAUGCUUUAAAAAGGGUUGUAAUUGUGCUAAAAAUGCUAUAAAUGGAUCAUCCUGCUCUGUUGUCCAUCAUAUCUUCUUUUCUACCCACCCCUAGUGUCCUCUCUCUUCACUUGUAAUUUUUGGGUGGCUGCUGUAGGCUUUGGUUCUGUUUGUUGCAUCCUAUAUAUAUGUCCAGCAACAUUGUAGAAUGAAACAUGCAUGAAACUGUUUCAAAACAUCAGGAAUCUGUUCAGCCCCACCUGGAGUUUAGU